AUGUCCUCCCUACAGACCGGGCUCGAGGCCACCGUCCAAGCUCCAAGCACCAGCCUCCCCUCUGCUCUUGUUGCCAUGGGCACGGGCGUUAAGCCUCGUUCGAGUCCCUCUCUCCAGGCGGCUCCAGUGCCCAGGCCUGCAGAUUCUCAAUCAGCCCCCAACAACCCGGCCAGCUAUGCUCGGCAACCAGGCUCUGCGCCAAACGGUGAAGAGUACUCGUCACGAACACCUUCUGCAGCUCAUACCGGUCAACCCAACAGUCUGACCGAAGUCAACCGAACCACAACCUCGUCACAACAGCUCAUCUGCCCUCCCGCGUUGUCGUUAUUCUCACCGCCCCUCACCUAUUCCGUCCCGUUGAUGGGAGGCAGCAACAAUUCCACCGGCAGCGACGUCUGGAGGCGA